GGUCCAGGAGCGUUCUGAAUGCAGUUUGUCAGUCCAGUGUGGUUGAGACAUGGCAGAAGAUCAGUUAAAGGCAGACGCCUCGGCUGGGGAGGGGGAGACCGAGCCCAGUAUGCUGCUGCAGAAGCUUAAAAGCAACAUUUCUAAAAAUGUGCAGGGCAAAGUGGACAAAAUUUUGGAAGAUGUACAGCGUUUCUCUGACAACGACAAGCUCUACCUUUAUCUACAGCUACCCUCAGGUCCAGGUGCAGGAGAGAAGAGUGGUGAUUCAAACUCGGUCAACACGGCAGACCAGCUUCACACCUGCAACUGGAUCCGUAGCCACUUGGAAGAACAUCCUGACACCUGCCUGCCUAAACAAGAUGUUUACGAGACAUACCGGAAGCACUGUGACAACUUACAGCAUCGGCCUCUAAGUGCAGCAAAUUUUGGCAAAAUCAUCCGAGACAUCUUCCCAAACAUUAAAGCACGAAGACUGGGUGGUAGAGGACAGUCCAAAUACUGCUAUAGUGGGAUACGUCGAAAGACCGUGUUAAACAUGCCAUUACUGCCCAACCUGGACCUCAAAAAUGACCCGUCUGAACUGACAGAACUGGUGCAAACCUACAAGCAAGAGGUCACCGAAGCAGCCUGUGAACUUAUCUGUGACUGGGCCCAAAAGAUCCUCAAGCGCUCUUUUGACACGGUGGUAGAAAUCGCACGCUUCCUCGUACAGGAGCACAUCGUCAACCCACGCUGCAGCCAAGCCGAGCUCGUCACUUCAGCUGCUCUGGCAGGCGGACCCUCCAAACCUCAUAAAGUAAUCAAAAAGAUUCCAGCAGCUUCCCGAGCAGGUGGUGGAGCAGAAGAAGAUAAUGUCAGUACAGAAAAUAAGCAAAAAGAGAAAGACGGUGUGGAACAGCCACCAUCCAAUAAGCAGCAGGUCAGUGAAAAACCAACCAAUAAGGUUGAGUCUGCUCGAGUGGAGGCUUAUAUGAAGAAGCUGCCUCAGCUCCUUCCCAGAGGCACCGUUCCAGAGAAAACCUCUCCACCGUGUCUCGCACCAGCCGAUUCGGGCAGCGUUCAAGUCACUCUGCCUAUCACAGUCACAACGAUACCCUCUCAACCAGGCGGCACCGUCCCUGUUAUGAUUCUGCCAUCAGGCAUGAGUCUUUCUUACCCAGAGCGCGAGAAAACAUCAGUCACGGUCGCCACUUCUGCUACUCCGACUCCAGUCGUCCAGAGAGCGCGGCCGGCGGUUCCGAAGCGGGGCCCUGACCCCACCACCUCAGUGUCAGCUGCUGGUGUUGCUCCGAAACGCAAAAGAGGACGUCCCAGAAAACAAAGACCAAAACAAAAAGAAACGCAACCCCCAUCAGCCACAACCCCAAACCCAAAUCCAAAUUCAUCACUACACAAGAAAGGAUCAAUCCAAAAGGCCUUGCCUUCCUGUGCACCCACCACUCCUUCACAGUUGGUGGAAAUCGUGAUCCAGGACCAGCCAGGCUUGAUGCUUAGCCAACUUCCAACCAUCCAGGAAGUGACAGACGCUGAGCAUAGAGGUGUAGUGGUGCAAUGUCAACCUGCAGCAGAACCUGAGAAGCAGCAGUCAGUCCUGCUAAUGCGAGGGCCCAACCAACCGGGUUACGAGCUGAGCCGCAGGAUGGUCAUCCAGCGUGCGCCGUUAUCCAGAGAAGGAAGGCCGGCUCCACAAGAAGUGCCACAGUCCACCGUUACGUACCUCCCGCCGGCAAUGUUAUUAGAGGACAGAGGAGAAGUGGAAAUCACUCUGACUCCUGUGGAGCCACAGGUCGAUUCCAUGCCAAACUCAGCAGGUAUUCCCAGCUCCUUCAGCUCCUCGUUUGGAGAAACCCCAAAAGCAGACGCCCCGUAACAGCAGCACAGCACCCGACUCCCUGAUCUCAAUGUGCAAUGCCUUUCCAGUGCAUCUGUGAAUUGCAUACUAGCUUGUAGUCAAACUGAGGUGUACCAUCUUGGCUGAGCUUGACUGGGUGUGUCUGCUUUCUGUGUAAAAUGAUGUACAGAAGUACAACCUGUCAUUGUUGCCUUCAAACAGCAACUACACUCAUAUUUUCAUAUGAUUAAUAUGAAACAUAAAUGAAUUCCUGUGAAGAGAUUAUGAAUUUAAGUGGCCUAGAACAAAAGUUUUGACAAGAAAGAGCGAAUUUUAGAGCAUUGAAAACUGAAAAUACUCACAAAUAAC